AUGGCCUCCAGCUAUAUAAAUGAGUGUGAGCGAUUUCCAUGCGGAAAUGGGGCCAGCUGCAUCAACACUCUCGGCUCCUACUACUGCCAGUGUCCCAUCGGUUUUACCGGACCUGACUGUAGAACAGACCUGAAUGAGUGUGACACGAGCCUGACAAUGCACCCAUGCCAGAACAACGGCUCGUGCAUGAACUCUUAUGGCUCUUACUACUGUGUGUGUCCCACGGGCUGGACAGGCAUCAACUGUACCAGUGAUAUAAAUGAGUGCAGCUACCAAUCAUGUGCUAAUGGUGGCAAGUGUGUCAACAUUCCUGGCUCCUACUACUGUACAUGUGGUGACGGAUUCACUGGCUCCGACUGCGGUGUUGAUAUAGAUGAGUGUGUAGAGUACCGCCCAUGCCUAAACGAGGGAACAUGUGUGAACACGGUGGGAGGGUACUACUGUCGCUGCCCUAGUGGAUGGACUGGAGAAAACUGUGGAACCUUUGUGGACCUGUGUAUUUCCAUCAGCUGUGAUAAUGGGGGCACGUGUCUGGGAGUCCAGGACAAGCUGUGUGACUGUGCUCCUGGAUGGUCUGGAACAUACUGUAGAGUCGAUAUAAAUGAGUGUGUCACGGGAAACCCGUGCCAGAAUGGAGCAACCUGCUCCAACAGCAAUGGUGGCUACAUGUGCAAAUGUCCGCCAGGAUGGAAGGGACCUAACUGCUCCAUCAAGAGUAACGAGUGUUCCCUGAACCCGUGUUCCAAUGGGGCAACCUGUGUGGAUGGCAGUGAUGGCAACUACAUCUGUAACUGCCCUCGACAGUGGACUGGUCCAACAUGCAGGGAAGACAAGAAUGAGUGUACAGAGAUUGUGAACUCGUGCCUGUUUGGCGGCCAGUGUAUCAACACCAUUGGAGGAUAUAACUGUAUCUGUCCUGACGGUCGGACAGGGCAGGACUGUGAACUAGACAUAGAUGAGUGUACAGCCCUUGGCUUCAACCCGUUUAAGAACGGUGCAACAUGUGCCAACACAGACGGCUCGUACCAGUGUUUCUGUGCCCAGGGCUGGAUUGGAUUCGACUGUACCACUGAUGAUGAUGAGUGUGCGAGAGAUACUUGUACAAACGGAGGUCGGUGUAGGAAUCUGCUGGGCUCCUACACAUGUGAUUGUCCUCCCAACUGGAGCGGACCAAACUGCAGGACCAACGUGAACGAGUGCACAGUGUACUCCCCAUGUAUGAAUGGUGGGACGUGUAUUGACUCCCCUGGCUCCUACACUUGCCGAUGUGCCAACGGAUGGACCGGCACUAACUGUACCAUUGACUACAAUGAGUGUGUGGAUGUUGCUGAUCCCUGCCAGAACGGGGGGACAUGUGAGAACAAGGAUGGCUCCUACAGCUGUAUCUGCGCAUUGGGAUGGACUGGACCCUACUGUAACAUUGAUGAGAAUGAAUGUACGGAUGUGACCAUCUGCAAGUUUGGCGGGACGUGUGUUAACUUCCCGGGAGGGUUUAAGUGCGAGUGCCCCACUGGACGGACAGGGGAACACUGCGAAACUGAUGUGAAUGAGUGUGACUUCAGUCGUUGCAUGAACAAUGCAACGUGUGAAAACACUGCUGGGUCGUUUGUCUGCCGGUGUCUGCCAGGCUUUGAUGGACAGUACUGUGAAAGAAAUAUCAACGAGUGUGAGGUGUAUGCACCGUGCAUGAACGCUCUCCGGUGUAUCGACAUGUAUGGCACGUACCGCUGUGAGUGUCAACUUGGAUGGAUGGGAAAAGACUGUGAUCAGGAUGUAAAUGAGUGUACUAUCGGAGAGGUGCCUGGAGUACCAUGUUUUAACGGUGGAACUUGCACCAAUACCUUGGGUUCGUACAGAUGUCAGUGUCGUCCGGGAUGGACUGGCCAGAAUUGUGAACAAGAUGUGGAUGAAUGCCUCAAUAAUCCUUGCCGUAACGAUGGUCUGUGUGUCAACCUCGAGGGCUCGUACCAGUGUCAAUGUCCACAGACAUGGACCGGUGACCACUGUGACAAAGACGUGGAUGAGUGUUUGCUGUAUGCCCCUUGUCUCCACGGCGGCGUUUGCACCAACAUUGCUGGAGGCUACAUGUGUAACUGCCCUCCGCAAUGGCAGGGUGUUGACUGUCACCUCGACGUGAAUGAGUGUCUGGAGGCGAACCCUUGCUAUAAUGGUGGCACAUGCCUCAACGUGAAGGGAGACUUCCAGUGCCUAUGUUCGCCACAGUGGACAGGACCUACAUGUAACGAUGAUUUCAAUGAGUGUAACGUUACCAACCCAUGUUUACACGGAGGGACGUGCACCAAUACGAUUGGUGGAUACCGCUGCUUCUGUCCACCCGAAUGGUCCGGUGACAUCUGUGAAAAAGAUGUGAAUGAGUGUAACCUGACUCCCCCAGUUUGCCAAAAUGGAGGUACCUGCUACAAUUCCUAUGGCGCGUUCAUCUGUAGAUGUCCUUUUGAGUGGACCGGCCCAACUUGUGGGGAUGAUCGUGACGAGUGUAGGGAGAUCCGCCCUUGUAACAACGGAGGUACAUGUAUCAACCAGGCUGGCGGGUAUGUGUGCCAAUGUGCCCCGGGAUGGACCGGCAACGACUGUAAUGUUGACGUCAACGAAUGUGAAUAUUCACCAUGUUACAACGAGGGUAUCUGUUUUAACAGCAUGGGCUCGUUCUCAUGCGAGUGUGCGCCCGGGUGGCAGGGUCCCACAUGCAGAAACGAUACUAACGAGUGCAUGGUGAACCCGUACAUCUGUAUGAACGGCGGAGAGUGCGUGAACACAGAGGGAUCCUAUCAGUGUAACUGUUCACAGGGUUGGGGUGGAAAACACUGCGAAAAAGACACGGAGCCAUGUCUGCGUAUCCAGUGUUUUAACGGUGGCUACUGUCAGGAGACAUUUAACAACUCCGGCGCCUACAUGUGUAAAUGUCCGUCUGGGUGGACAGGCGACAGGUGUCAGUACGAUCGCGAUGAGUGUGUGGAAAUACGCCCAUGUAAGAAUGGAGGAAGCUGUAUCAACCUGGUUGGUAGCUUCAUGUGUGAAUGUCCACCAGGCCUGGAGGGGGACACGUGUGAAAUAGACCUGAAAGAGUGUGUGAUGCUGCGUAACCCAUGUAAUGGUAAUGGAGUGUGUGUUGACCUGCCUGGUUCAUUCAGGUGUGACUGUAACCCGGGAUGGACUGGAGACAGGUGUGAUGUUGAUAUCCUCGAAUGUAAGACGGUCCAGUGCUAUAACGGAGGCACGUGCCGUGAGCUGUUGGGAUCUUACAAGUGUGACUGUACCACUGCAUGGGCAGGCAAACAUUGUGAAAAUGACGUGAAUGAAUGUCUGGCUAUUGAGUGUCUGAACAACGCAACAUGUGUUAACAUCGCGGGGACGUAUCAGUGUGAAUGUACGGAGGGUUGGACAGGAGCAUUCUGUGAUAUAGACCGUAAUGAAUGUGAUAGUGACCCAUGUUACAACGGGGGAACGUGUGUCAACACUCUGGGAUCAUACAAGUGCCUCUGUCCCCAGGGAUACGAGGGGCCAUUCUGUCAGACAAACAAGGAUGAGUGUCUGUUGAAUCCAUGUAAGAAUGGAGGGACGUGCCGAGACAUGCCAGGGACAUACGAAUGUAUCUGCCUUGAACAGUGGUCUGGUAUCAACUGUGACAAUGACACAGAUGAAUGCUUCAACAACCCAUGCAGCCACGGGGCAACAUGUCGAAACAUUGUGGGUGGGUUCUUGUGUGACUGUGCACCAGGCUGGACGGGCCCGCUCUGCAAGACAGAUGAGAAUGAGUGCAGUUACGGACCUUGCUUUAACGGCGGACGAUGCGAGAACACAAUUGGCUCGUUUCAGUGUGUUUGCGAAGAGGGGUGGACUGGUCCACUCUGUGAUCAGGAUGUGAACGAGUGUCUCUUGGGGCAAAUGUGUAAAAACGGCGGAACGUGCCAAAAUACGUAUGGCUCAUAUCGCUGUAUCUGUCCCGCUGCAUGGACCGGCAAGGACUGUACCGCAGAUGUUAACGAGUGUGCCCGUAUUGAAUGCCUCCAUGGGGGCGUGUGUAUGAAUCUGGAUGGCUCGUACAAGUGUGACUGCCCACCUGAGUGGAGUGGAGACAUUUGCCAGAUAGAUGUGAAUGAGUGCCUGGUUGCGGACAUAUGUUAUAAUGGGGGAACGUGUCGUAACCUGGUGGGCUCAUUCAACUGUGAAUGCCUGAACGGUUGGCGUGGCGACCGUUGUGAACUUGACGUGGACGAGUGUGGGCGGAACCCAUGUUACAACGGAGGUACAUGUUCCAACACUGUGGGCUCGUACAUAUGUCUGUGUCCGGCUGGAUGGACCGGACCCACAUGCCUUAUUGACAUGAAUGAGUGUUUGGAGAUGCCGUGUCUGAACGGAGCCACGUGUGACAACACCCAGGGAUCAUACAUUUGCCGAUGCCCACGCGGGUAUCGAGGGUCAAACUGUGAACUUGAUGUGGAUGAAUGUCUGUUGAAUCCUUGUCUGUAUGGUGGCACAUGUAUCAACACAGUUGGUUCGUUCACGUGUGAGUGUCCCCCAGGAAGAACGGGACUUGACUGCAGAAAUGACACCAAUGAGUGCGAGUCCAAUCCUUGCCUUCACGACGGUAUCUGUUUCAACACAGAUGGCAGUUUCCGUUGUCAGUGUAACGAGUUUUGGGAGGGACCCAUCUGUGCUAAAGAUCGAAAUGAGUGUGAUUCCCUCCAGUGUUUCAACGGGGGCAUUUGCAAGAAUCUGAUUGGUGGAUACGAAUGUAUUGACUGCUUCGCUGGAUGGACUGGACAACUCUGUGAAAUUGACAUCGAUGAGUGUAUAGAGAAUGGCACUAAUCCAUGUCUCCAUGAUGGCAAGUGUAUCAACACCAAGGGCUCCUUUAUCUGUCAGUGUUCCACAGGAUGGACCGGCAAGAUAUGUGAUGAAGAUGAGAACGAAUGUAACCGGUUCCCGUGCCAGAAUGGAGCGACAUGCCGGAACCUGCCGGGAACUUUUGAGUGUUUUUGUGCCGAGGGCUGGGAGGGAGUCAACUGCCGGAUUGACAUAGAUGAGUGUUCCCUGUAUGCCCCUUGUCUCAACGGAGGUAUCUGCUACAACGGGGCAGGGACAUAUUCCUGUCAGUGUGCCAUGGGAUGGACGGGCAAAAACUGCGAAGUUGAUAUAAACGAGUGCCUGUUGAACCCAUGCCAACAUGAUGGGACUUGCGUGAACCUCCCUGGAUCGUAUAAGUGUGAGUGUCCACCUGGUUGGAUGGAGCCAAACUGCGCUUUCGACAUUAACGAGUGCGCAACUACGCAGUGUGAAAAUGGGGGCACCUGUUUUAACACCCCGGGCUCGUUCAAGUGUAUCUGCACGACUGGAUGGACAGGCGAACUAUGCAACUUUGACCUGGAUGAGUGCCUGUCUGUGGCAUGCUUGAACGGGGGAACAUGUAUCAACCAGAUAGGGGGCUACAUGUGCGAAUGUACAGCUGGGUACAAGGGAGACACGUGUGCAUUCGAUGUGAAUGAGUGUGUAGAGUUCCCGGGUAUUUGUAAGAACGGCGGCCAGUGUAUCAACUCUAUUGGCAGCUAUACAUGUCAAUGUCCGGCUGGCUGGACUGGCCAGGACUGUACCAUUGAUGUGAAUGAAUGUCUACUUAAUCCCUGCCUCCAUGGGGGCACUUGCUAUAAUAAUGAGGGAAGCUACACUUGCUUCUGUCCAGGCGGCUGGACCGGUCCAAACUGUGAAUAUGACAUUGAUGACUGUGAAGUGAAUCCGUGUUUGAAUGGGGGAGUGUGUAUCAACAAUGCCGGCUCCUACACCUGUCAAUGUCCGCCCGGUUAUACAGGCGUCAAUUGUGAACUGGAUAUCAACGAGUGUCUGGCAAAUCCUUGUCUGUAUGGAGGAAGCUGUUUCAAUACCCCGGGCUCGUAUGUAUGUCAGUGUAUCGAGGGACGCACUGGCGUUAACUGUGAAAAAGACAUAGAUGAGUGUAUUGACCUGAGCAUAUGUAAGAACGGAGGGACGUGCAUCAACACCCAGGGCUCAUAUCUGUGUAAUUGUCCGCCACAGUGGACCGGCACACACUGCGAGAACGACGUUGACGAGUGUGUGCUGGGUUUGGCUCGCUGUGAGAAUGGAGCUACGUGUAUCAACACGAUCGGAGGGUACGAGUGUAUCUGUCCACCCGGCUACACUGGACCACGAUGUGCAGCAGACAUCAAUGAGUGCGCUCUGAAUCCAUGCUUGAAUGGGGGCUCGUGUAUCAAUAACUUUGGCUCCUACGUGUGCAUCUGUCUGACGGAUUACACUGGACCCAACUGUGAGAAUGGCAUCCAGACAGCUUUCAAGGUUUCAUUCCCGACCCUUGACCUUACCUACACGCCUGACCUUGCCUUUAACACCUCCUCCAAGUUCCAGAGGCACGCCCAGCUAUUCUGUAAUGAUAUCAAUAACCUGAUGUCGACCCAUAGAAACAGGUUCCCUGACUAUGAGGACUGCGUCGUCACUGCGUUCAAGGACAACCCGACACGCAUGGAAUGGGAAUUGAAGUUCAAGGGCAAUGUUCCACCGGGUACCAUCGACAAUGCCAAGGGCCUCAUUUUUGAGGCAUUUCCACGGAGAAUCUAUGGGGACUCCCUGGGAAUCGAGAUCGGAGAUAUCCUGUUUUUCCUUGAUGAUUACAAGCUGACCAAGGUGUCCAUUCCUGAUGCGAUGCUGCUGAACUUCACACGAUCUCCCGAGUUUGACAACAACAGAUCAAUAGAGUUCCAAACAAAUGCCAACCUUCUGUGUGCUGAUGUUGACACUAUCAUGAAGAACAAUGCUGACAGAUUCCCAAAUUAUGUGGAAUGUAAAGUGAAUUCUUUCCCUGUUGGGCCAGACGGGACCCCAAUGGUGAACUAUGAGAUUUCGUUUGAGGGUGAUCAAAACCCAGCUCAGCUCAAGGAAGACUUUAACAACAUCCUUCUGAGAGACCUACCCAAGGAAAGAUUUGACCGAUGGCUUGGAUAUCGCCUUGGAGACCUGCUGGUCUACUACCAGAACUUUACAGACUUCACAGAGGUGCCUCUUAAGUUCCGUGUGCUUAAUCUGACCUUCAGCAAUGACCUUUAUGACUCGUCCUCGCCGCGCUUUAGGCUACACGCUGAGAGGUUCUGCAUGGAUAUUGACCGACUUUUGAAUGGAAGAAAAGACCUCUUUCCAACAUACGAAAAAUGCAAGGUUGAGAGAUUUGGUAACAACCCAGUAAAUAUUGAGAUCCUGCUGGAGUUUAUGGGCCAGUUAUCGAUACCAGAGAUGCAGCAGCUGGUUGCCACGGUGAUAUUUGAGGACACGCCCAGAUACCGCUACGAACAGGUCGUCGGUCACCUGAUAGGAGAUCUCCUCGUGUACUACGCAGACUUGCUGCUUUAUAACUAUAACGUGCCUUUCGAUGCAUGGCUGUACAAUAGCACCCAGAAGAUCUACGGCCUUACAUGGCGGGACGAAGACCGACUCUGGGACUCCGAGUCAGCCAAGUUUAAGGAGCUCGAAAAUACAUUCUGCUCUGAGAUUGACAAGAUAUUCCGAGAAGUCCCUAUCCAGGGCAAUGUGAACAAGGAGAGAUACUACCGUUGCUUCAUAGACAACUUCCAACGUCAGAACGAUCCAGACACGCAGGUCGGCUUCACAUAUUCUAUUGUAUUUAAUGGUACCGAACCGCUCAUCAAAAGUGAGAUAGACUCCAUGAUCGAGGCCAAGAGCUCCGUGUACCCGCUUGGGGACAAGAAGUGGGUUCAUCUUGCCGACCAAUGGCUCCUUAAUGAGUUACAGUGGGACGAGGUGAAAAUCAACAUCUCCGACUACCUCAUCAAUAUGAUCACCACGCCCCCACCUAGCCAGGUGAACACAAUUGUGAACAUGACAUUCCGGCUAUUGAACUUCACGAUGACUCCCAACCUGGCGGACACAAACUCGGCAGAGUUCCAGCUCCUUGCCUCACAGUUCUGCAAAUAUCUUGACGACAGUUAUCAAGCCAGAUUCUCUACAUAUGAAAAAUGUGAUGUGAAGAAGUUCUAUACGGACAUGUUUGAGGGCACACAGCACGUGAACUUCCACCUGUCAUUCCGCGGUGACCAGGUGCCGGAACUGCCGCAGCUUCUGAUUGCUAUUCUGGUGGAGAACGCCCACCGGGAGACAAUUAACAACCGUAUUGCUCUCGUGGUGGGGCCAUUAUUUGUGUUUGAGGACUCACUACAACAGGACCCUACCAAUUCCAUAGUUGUGACAGGAGGAGGCACUACACUGUCCACACCCUCAGCGGACCCAUGUAUACCUGACAAAGACGACGUUAUACUGGCCGAUCCUACCGACAAAGCUGGUUACUACAUAUGCUACAAGGGAAGUGGCUACAACAUGAAAUGUGACCCACCAAAAGUGUUUAAUCCAAGCAGGAGCACCUGA